AUGUACGGUUCCGGCCAGCAGACGGGCAUCUCCACGCCCCGGUCGGCGGCAAACCUGCGCCCGCUCAUCCUCUCCCACGGCUCGCUCGAGUACACGCUCCUCAUUCCCACUGCUCUGCACUUCAAUGCGCAGCAACUGAGGGAUACCUUCACCUCUACCCUUCCCGAGCCCACCGACGAGCUUGCCCAAGAUGAUGAGCCAUCUUCGGUGCCUGAGCUGGUGGCUCGAUACCUGGGCUUCGUGGCCAAGGAGGUAGAGGAGGGCGAAGACCCUGAUUCGUUUGAGGAAGUCCUAAAGCUAGUCCUCACCGAAUUCGAGCGUGCUUUCUUGCGCGGCAACGAGGUGCAUGCGCUGGCCGCUUCACUGCCUGGCAUCACUGAAAAGAAGCUGGUGACGGUGCGGUCAUACUACGCUGCUCGCGCCGCCGUAGAGCGACCCAUCAAACACCACGAGUCGGCGCUUUUCCGCGAAGCCUCAGACGAGAACGCCUUCAUAUACGCUGUUCUGGGCGGACAGGGAAACAUCGAAGAGUACUUUGAUGAGCUCCGCGAGAUCUACAACACCUACCCCUCAUUUGUAGAAGAUUUCAUUGCUGCAGAAGCACAGCAUCUAUUGCAGCUGUCGCGAGACCCGCGCGCUGAGAAACUCUACUCCAAGGGCCUUGAUGUAAUGCGAUGGCUCAAUAACCGAGACUCGCAACCCGACACCGACUACCUGGUAUCUGCACCCGUCAGUUUGCCCUUGAUUGGGUUGACACAGCUUGCGCAUUACGUCGUGACCUGCAGAGUUCUCGGGAGCCACCCGGGCCAUGUGCGAAGCCGUCUGCGCGGUGUUACUGGUCACUCGCAAGGUGUGGUCACAGCAGCCGCCAUCGCUGAAGCGAAGAACUGGGAAACCUUCGAACGAGCUGCCAAGAAGGCUAUCGAGAUUCUCUUCUGGAUUGGUACGCGAAGUCAACAAGCCUUCCCCAGGACAUCACUCGCACCUACAGUGCUUCAAGAUUCAAUUGACAAUGGCGAGGGCACACCGACACCUAUGUUGUCGAUCCGUGACCUCUCAAGAAAGGCGGUUCAGGACCACAUUGACGCAACCAACGCUCAUUUGCCCGAAGACCGCCACAUUGCCAUUUCCCUUGUCAACAGUGCGCGCAACUUUGUUGUGACGGGCCCGCCCAUCUCCUUGUAUGGUCUGAACCUUCGUCUGCGCAAAGACAAGGCUCCUACCGGCUUGGACCAGACCAGGAUACCCUUUACAGAGCGCAAAGUACGCUUUGUCAACCGUUUCCUGCCCAUCACAGCCCCAUUCCACAGCCCGUACCUCGCAGAUGCGACCAAGCAGCUUGAAGAUGAUCUCAAGGCCAUCAAGAUCUCCACCGCUGACCUUGGCAUCCCUAUGUACGAUACUCACACUGGCCAAGACCUACGCGAGACCGAUACGGACGACAUUGUGCCAAGACUCGUCCGCAUGAUCACUGCUGACUCAGUAGAAUGGGAAAAGGCCACGGUAUUCCCCAAAGCAACCCAUAUCCUUGACUUCGGCCCUGGUGGCAUCUCUGGUCUGGGCGUUCUGACAAACCGGAACAAGGACGGCACUGGUGUCCGUGUUAUCCUUGCCGGUGCCAUUGAUGGCCAGAAUGCCGAAGUCGGAUACAAGCCGGAGAUCUUCGACCGCGACUUCGACCAUGCCGUCAAGUACGCUGUCGACUGGGUCAAGGAACACGGCCCCCGCCUUGUCAAGACUUCUACUGGUCAGACCUAUGUCGACACCAAGAUGAGUCGCACACUCGGCCUACCUCCAGUUAUGGUCGCUGGUAUGACACCAUGUACAGUACCAUGGGACUUUGUUGCAGCAACAAUGAACGCAGGCUACGAAAUUGAACUUGCUGGUGGUGGUUACUAUAAUGAGAAGACCAUGACUGCCGCCAUCUCCAAGGUUGAGAAGGCCAUUCCUGCUGGCAGGGGUAUCACAGUCAACUUGAUCUACGUCAACCCGCGUGCUAUGGGUUGGCAGAUUCCGCUCCUAGCAAAGCUCAGGGCUGAUGGAGUUCCCAUUGAGGGUCUUACCAUUGGUGCUGGUGUUCCAUCUAUUGAAGUCGCCAACGAGUACAUUGAGACGCUCGGAAUAAAGCACAUUGCUUUCAAGCCAGGUUCGGUUGAGGCUAUCCAACAGACUAUCAACAUCGCCAAGGCAAAUCCCACUUUCCCUGUUCUUCUUCAGUGGACCGGUGGUCGCGGUGGUGGUCACCACUCAUUUGAAGACUUCCAUCAGCCCAUUCUCCAGAUGUACAGCCGUCUGCGCAAGUGCGACAACCUCAUUCUUGUUGCUGGCUCCGGCUUCGGUGGCGCUGAAGACACCUACCCAUAUCUCACUGGAUCCUGGUCAACCAAGUUCGGCUACCCACCCAUGCCCUUCGAUGGUUGCUUGUUUGGUAGCCGUGUCAUGACUGCCAAGGAAGCACAUACGUCCAAGAUGGCUAAGCAGGCCAUUGUUGAUGCUCCGGGUCUUGAGGACAGUGAAUGGGAAAAGACCUACAAGGGCCCUGCCGGUGGUGUCAUCACUGUUCGCUCCGAAAUGGGCGAACCCAUCCACAAGCUUGCCACUCGCGGUGUCAUCUUCUGGCACGAGAUGGACCAGAAGAUUUUCAGCCUUGACAAGGCCAAGCGCGUUCCCGAGCUGAAGAAGAUGCGCGAAUACAUCAUUGACAAGUUGAACAAGGAUUUCCAAAAGGUUUGGUUCGGUAAGAACAAGAAGGGCAUGUCUGUCGAUCUUGAGGACAUGACCUACGCCGAAGUUGUUCAACGCAUGGUGGAAUUGAUGUACGUCAAGCACCAGUCUCGCUGGAUAGACCCAAGCUUGAAGCGCCUGACCGGCGACUUUAUCCGCCGAUUGGAGGAACGCUUCAGCAAGACCAGUAACGAGUCUCUUAUCCAGAACUAUGAAGAGCUCAACGACCCCUUCCCAAUGCUCGAGAAGGUCUUCAAGGCUUACCCUGAGGCCGAUGACCAGCUCAUCAAUGCUCAGGAUGUACAGCACUUCUUGCUGCUCUGCCAGCGCCGUGGUCAAAAGCCUGUUCCAUUUGUUCCAGUUCUCGACGAUACCUUUGAGUUCUUCUUCAAGAAGGAUUCUCUUUGGCAAUCCGAGGACCUUGAUGCCGUCGUGGACCAGGACGUUGGCAGGACAUGUAUCCUGCAAGGCCCUAUGGCUGUCAAAUACUCUACAAAAGUUGACGAGCCGAUCAAGGAGAUUCUGGAUGGUGUUCACGAGGGCCAUAUCAAGUACCUGCUCCGCGACAUCUAUGGCGACGAUGAGUCAAAGGUCCCUGUCAUCGAGUACUUUGGCAGCAAUCUGCUCGCUCCUCCCCAGGGCCUGGAGGUUGAUGGCCUCACUAUCUCAGAGCUUGAGAACAAGGUCGUCUACCGUCUUGCCGCCGCUCCUAACGCCACCAUGCCUGAAGUUCAUUCAUGGCUUCAACUUUUGGCUGGUACCAGCUAUUCAUGGAGGCAUGCCUUCUUCACUGCAGAUAUCUUCGUACAGGGCCAGCGCUUCCAGACCAAUCCGACUGCAAGGAUAUUCGCGCCAACUCGCGGCAUGAUGGUCGAGAUUCAGAACCCCAAAGAGCCUGCCAAGACUAGCAUUAUCGUCAAGGAGCUGCAUACCGGCGGUAAGCUGAUCAAAACAGCUGAUGUCAGCCUCACAAAGGACAAGGAGAUUCUGCUCAACCUCUACGAAGAGCGCACUGCCCUCAAGCAGCCAGUGGCAUUGCCUUUCCGCUUCAACUAUCGUCCCGAUGUGGGUUACGCACCCAUUCACGAAGUCAUGGAGGCCCGCAACGACCGGAUCAAGGAAUUCUACUACAAGAUCUGGUUUGGUGAUGAAGCCUGCCCAUUUGAUGCUUCUGUCACUUCACGCUUCGAUGGUGGCCGUGCCACUGUGACAAGUGAGGCCAUCAACGAUUUUGUUCACGCAGUCGGUAACACAGGCGAGGCUUUCGUUGACAGACCAGGCAAGGAAGUUUUCGCGCCUAUGGAUUUCGCAAUUGUCGUUGGCUGGAAGGCUAUCACCAAGCCCAUCUUCCCCCGCGCAAUUGACGGUGACUUGCUCAAGCUAGUGCAUCUUUCCAACGGUUUCCGCAUGAUCUCUGGUGCUGAGCCUCUCAAGAAGGGCGACGUACUUGAUACGACUGCUCAGAUCAACGCUGUCAUCAACCAGGACUCGGGUAAAAUGGUCGAAGUUUGCGGUACCAUCACUCGCGAUGGCAAACCGGUAAUGGAGGUCACUAGCCAGUUCCUAUACCGUGGAGCGUAUGAUGACUUCGAAAAUACGUUCCAAAGGAAGGUUGAGAAGCCUAUUCAGCUCCACCUGGCUACCAGCAAGGAUGUCGCCAUUUUGCGAUCAAAGGAGUGGUUCAAUUUCGAAGAGCCCGAGAUUGAUCUGCUUAACAAGACUUUGCUUUUCAAGUUGGAGACUGUUGUUAGAUACAAGAACAAGACUGUCUUCUCAGACAUCGAGACUCAAGGAGAAGUCCUGCUCGAGCUCCCUACCAAAGAGAUUAUCCAGAUUGCUUCGGUCGAUUACCGAUCGGGUACCGCGUUUGGAAACCCUGUUAUGGACUACUUGGAGCGUAACGGAGCUGUUGUCGACCAACCAGUGCUCUUUGAAAAUGCUAUUCCGCUGCACGGCAAAACACCUCUGAGCCUCAAGGCUCCCGCCUCCAACGAGAAUUAUGCUCGUGUCUCUGGCGACUACAACCCCAUUCACGUUUCACGUGUUUUCGCCAGCUAUGCCAACCUCCCCGGUACCAUCACUCAUGGCAUGUACUCUAGUGCAGCUGUCCGAAGUUUGGUUGAGACAUGGGCUGCGGAAAACAAUGUUGGUCGUGUCAGGAGCUACCACGUCAACCUCGUUGGUAUGGUCCUUCCUGACGACAUGCUAGACGUCAAGCUCCAGCACGUUGGUAUGGUUUCUGGCCGCAAGAUCAUCAAGAUCGAGGUCAGCAACCAGGAAACUGAAGACAAGGUUCUGCUUGGUGAGGCUGAGGUUGAGCAACCCACAACGUCCUAUGUCUUCACUGGUCAAGGUUCCCAGGAACAAGGCAUGGGUAUGGAGCUCUACAACAGCAGUCCUGUUGCUAAGGAGGUUUGGGAUCGUGCCGACAAGCACUUCAUGGACAACUAUGGUUUCGCUAUCACAAACAUUGUGAAGAACAAUCCGAAGGAGUUGACCAUCCACUUUGGUGGACCUGUCGGCAAGGCUAUCCGCCAGAACUACAUGUCCAUGACAUUCGAGACAGUCGCUGCUGACGGCACUAUCAAGUCUGAGAAGAUCUUUAAGGAGAUUGACGAGAACACCACAUCGUACACUUACCGUUCACCAGCUGGUCUACUCUCAGCUACUCAGUUCACACAGCCGGCUCUGACCCUCAUGGAGAAGGCAUCCUUUGAAGACAUGCGUGCAAAGGGAUUGAUCCAAGUUGAAAGCACGUUCGCCGGACAUUCGCUCGGUGAAUACUCCGCUCUAGCAGCCAUGGCUGAGGUCAUGCCUAUCGAGAGUUUGGUUUCGGUCGUGUUCUACCGUGGUCUUACGAUGCAGGUCGCUGUCGAGCGUGACGAGACCGGUCGUUCCAACUACUCCAUGUGCGCUGUUAACCCUAGCAGGAUUUCCAAGACCUUCAACGAGCAGGCCCUUCAAUACGUUGUUGAGAACAUUGCUGAAACAACCGGAUGGUUGCUGGAGAUUGUCAACUACAACAUUGCCAACAUGCAGUACGUCGCUGCUGGUGAUCUUCGUGCUCUUGAUUGCCUCACUGGCGUAACAAACUACCUCAAGCAACAGAAGAUUGACAUCCAGGCACUUAUGCAAACUCUCUCGCUUGAAGAGGUCAAGAACCACCUGGUCGAGAUCAUCAAGGGAUGUGCUGAGCAGACAGAGGCCAAGCCUAAGCCUCUCGAUCUGCAGCGUGGCUUUGCUACCAUUCCACUCAAGGGUAUUGACGUGCCCUUCCACUCGACUUUCUUGCGUUCUGGUGUCAAGCCGUUCCGAUCCUUCCUGCUCAAGAAGAUUCACAAGACGUCAAUUGACCCGAGCAAGCUGGUGGGCAAGUACAUUCCUAACGUGACUGCGAAGCCAUUUGCGUUGACCAAAGAGUACUUUGAGGAUGUGUACAAGCUUACCAAUUCUCCCAAGAUUGGCAACAUUCUGGCCAAUUGGGAGAAGUAUGAGGAGAGUGGAAAAGAGGAUGCCAAGACUGAGGCGGCUGCCUAA